CUUUUCUCCCGUGAAAGAGGCAGGAGACGCUUGAGUGCUAUGCUGGGGGACUAGCACUAGGGGGGCUCAGUGUAACAUCAAGGCAAAAACAAGUGUGGGAGGAGCUGGCAUUUUGAAAAGCACUGGGUGCAGGUGGUGAGGUGCCAUUGCAUAUACAGCAACACCGCUCUUUCUCCAGUAGCCCAGCCUCAGCAGGAGCAGGGAAGGAGAUCUCAAAUGAGUAAUCAGGACUCUUUUUGAGACAGCAAAUGUAACUUCAAACCCUUCAAGGAAGUAAUUUAACCUGGAUCUCCCUCUUCCCGGAUGAGUGCUCUGGUCAUUAAGCACACAGGUAUUGUGCACUUCCACUGCUGUCUCAAGAGGCAAAUUUAAGAGAAAACUGUGAGCCUUGCUCAGUUCCUCAAAAGGAGAGUGCUCUGGGCUCUGCAUUGCAAAUGGAUGGAGUCUGUCUGUGGUCCUGACCCAAGUAUUUCAUUUCUGGAGAGAGCCUUUUUUGCUAGCAAAGUGGAGCAUGAAAGCAAGAGCUAUAAUGGUAAGACUCUCCAGCGGACGGGAGCCUUUGAACGAGUUUUCACUGCCAACCAAAACUGUGAACAUGCAUAUCCUACAUUUCUUGCUGUGCUGUGGUGCGCUGGGCUGCUUUGUAGCCAAGCUCCUGCUGCCUUUGCUGGAUUGAUGUACUUGUUUGUGAGGCAAAAGUAUUUUGUUGGCUAUCUGGGAGAAAGGACUCAGAGCACUCCUGGUUACUUAUUUGGAAAACGCAUCAUACUAUUCCUGUUCCUAAUGUCUGUUGCUGGAAUACUCAAUUACUACCUGGUCCUAUUUUUUGGAAGUGACUUUGAAAUGCAUAUAAAAGCUAUAACCAACACCAUCUCUCCACUGCUGCUCAUUCCUUAAUUUCUUUGCAGCAUUAAGGGGUUAGUGUGCUUAAUAUAUCAAUGCCCAGAAGCAGCUAUAAUUCAGCCGUUUAAGAAAGGAACCUAUAACCCUUUUAGAUUGCUGUAAAUCCAAUGCUGUAUGGGGCUUUGCAGCUUGAUUUAAACCUGGUUUUUCCUUCAAAAAAAUGAUUUAUGGUGAACAGCCUGUGUGUGCUAGAAACAGUAAUAACUUCCAGUUAAUUCUUUGGAUUCUUUCUGUAAAUUGUAGCUUGAUAGCUGAUUCCUUGGCUGUAAGGAACAUGUUUUGCUAUUGUCAAAAUUGUACUUUGCUCUCCCACUGUCACAAAAACCAAGAGCCUCACACUUAGAUAAUCCAUCCUCACACAUAUAUAGUUUCAUUACAGCUCCCAUUAGUGCAUGAGAACUGCAGAUUGGGCUCUUUGUGGUUGCCUUUGAUAAAUAUUUAUCCAUUCUUUGGGCCUGACACUUUCCUUUACACUAAAACCUUUUUAAAUUGCCACAGCUGUGCAAAGGGGCCUUAGUAUAAAAAUGAAAGCUCGGUUUUAUUUUUCUUUGUAGAUUUAAUAAAGCAGUCUAAAAUGGUAAAA